AGCUGCAGGAUUUUCUGUGCGCGUCCUGCACCGAAGUGUUCAUGAGCAACCUGCCAAUCAACACCAGUGACUGUCCGUCCACACAACCGCGACGGAGCAGAGCUGACGGAGAAGAACCCCGGAGCCAGGAGCACUUCGCUCGGGCCACAGUCUGGUGUUUUGUGCGUCUGUUCGGUCCCCAAGGCUUCAAAAAUGGCUCUGUCAUUUCUUUUGGUCUUGGCUGCGACUGUGAUCCUUAUCAGACCUGAGACGCCUUUAACUAAGGCCUUACAUCAGAACUCACUUGAGUGCUGCAAUGAGAAACUGAGAGGGAACAACUCGUGUUCGAACGACACUCAUUGUGAACCCGGCUGCUUCCUGCGUGUCCUUGAGAACAGCAACACUGUUUGUAUCAUAUGUGACUCCACAUCCGUGGACCUUGAAAACAUAACAGUGUGCAGCUACAACUACACAAUGGAGCGGAAGAAUCACACAACUGUAACCACUGUCAUUCCUAAAAUUGGAGGGCCAGGCGUGGCAGCGUCUCUUCUCCUGGGAACACUGUUGAUCAGCCUGUUCCUUAUCUUGUCCGUUGCCUCCUUCUUCUACCUCAAACGCUCCAACCGACUUCCAGGCAUCUUUUACCGUCGCAACAAAGCCUUCAUUUUCCAACCAAGUGAGACAGCUGUCAUGAUUCCGUCCUCUUCAGUGAGAAAACCAAGAUACGUCAGAAGGGAGCGUCCCUCUGGGACAUCAACAUUGAAAAGUACCACCAUACCCACCACGUCCACAACUCAAGUCUAUAAUGUGUAGGAGGGGGGUGGCAGUGUUGGUUCAGGUAGGAGAGAAACCUCAGGAAAGAUUUUCUUCUCAAGGGUGUAGAAAUACAAGGUGGCCAAAUUUAACUGUAACUGCAGGCGGUGCGUCUUGCUGACACAGCAUCUCGUUGACUGGAUCAUAUUAUAUUGAUAUUAACUAAAACAUCCCAGUAUAAAUAAUUUCUGUAUUUCUCCGUUAAUGUGAAGCAUCGCAGUUCAGUUUGUAUUUUCCCCCUCAUGCAGCCCUGUUGUGAUGAACAGACUCAUCAUCACUCAGGAUCACUCCCUGGUUUUUCAGUCUAAACACUUAGAUGAAGCAGUAUCUGUGGACCCGUCUGUUAAAGCAUUGAUGCGACAUUAAGGGGAGCAUGUGUUCCCUAGUCACGCUUUAGAUAAUAGGAUUGAUACCAGUCUGAGACCUGUAUGGGUAAAUAUGAGGGUAAAGUUUGUAGCUAUUGGGCUCAGCAUAAAGACUGGAAACAGCUUGCCAGGAUCUGUCCAUCCCUGAUGACCAGCACCUCCAAAGCUCACUAAGAAACACGAUUAAAACUGCAGAAGUGGAAAAACAACACUUAGGGGGAGUCAUGCUCCAGACUAUUUCUUCUCUGUGAUUGGUUUCCAAGGGCACUUUCUGUUGUGUGUGGAUCAAACAAAGAAGAUUGACUGUGCUUAAUAAGUGAACUUUAAAGGUGAUGAAGAUGGAUUGUGUUUUCUUUGGACAGAGCCACACUCUCUGCUUCCAGUCUUUGUCUGAAUCUAAGCUACAUCUCCUGGCUGCAGCCUGACUUUGCACUGACAGACUUGAGACUGGUAUCGUGCUGGUCACCUUGGUUAUUGUUUUAAGUGACAGGGUUCAUAAAUACACUGAUCAGUUUGCUUUAGAGGAAUCAAACAAGCAACCAAGUUAAGUAACAGUAACGCUAAUCUUUUAGAGAAACUAACAGCCCAGUGACAUUUAUUGGAAGCUUGUUAUUUCUUAGUUUUUUGUGUCAUAUUUAUUUGCAUUUUGUAACAGUGCACUGAAUUUUACUGAUUAGACCAAGAUAAUGAAUUGUGUCUGAUGUAAGAAUACUUCUGGUGGACCGGGACAUUGUAGGGAGAGUUACUGUGGCCGCUGUUUUGAUAAUUGCUCAAUUGACUUUGUAUUAUUAUUGUGGUUUAUGAAUUUGCUAUUUCUGUGAUCUCAAGCAAGUUGAAUGUAUUUUACACGGAUAACAAAUCCUGCAUCACAAUUACAUGGAUUAUUUCCUACGUUCCAUUUACUACACACACCAUAGGAAGUUCUAGCAUCCUGCAAAAAACCUUUUAAAUAUAAAUUAUUAUUCCAUAAAGUAAAGUCUCUCAUAACUUAAAUUUUUAAAUCAAUCUGCACUUUAUUCGCCUGAGGUCAUCAGCUAAAGUAAGACCUUGUGUUUUAAUGGAGACACAUUAUGUUUUGUUAAUAUCCACUGGUUGGUUUAUUAUAUAUAUAUUUUUUGUGUAUGAAAAGGUUCUGCAAAGGUAAAGGGAGCUCCCCCCUACUCCUGAAGCUCCUGAAACAGUUUGUCAGUCUGGCCGAUACUUUCAGGGAGUCGUGAUUUCAGGUCAUGUGACAUUGUGAUGCCAUGUAGCAUCAUGAUGCCCCACAUUUGCGUAAUGCCAUUGGUUAGUCUGGCACGCCCCUUAACAAAUCCAACAUUGUGCUGGAGGCGGUUAACCAAUCACUACAGAGUGUGCCAGCUGGCCAAUCAGAGCAGACUGGGCUUUAUCGACACCCCCUUAAAGAGACAGGAGCUCAAACCAAGUGUUUCAGACAGAGGCUGAAAAGAGGAACUGUGGAUCUGAGCACGUAAACCUUUUCAGGUAAUAAAUCAAAUUAAAAUGAUGAACCUGAAUAUGAGCAUAAUAUGUCUCCUUUAAAAUAAUAAAAUCUAAAAUAAUUUGUCACCGGGUGUGAUGAGAUUGUAUUGUUGUGUGACUGGCAGCAUUCCUGUUGCAUUGUGAAAUCUACUUGACUACUAUUACCUUUGCCAAACAUUCUCUGAAGAAGCUGGCUUGUACUGUGUGCCAUUACUGUGAUACUGUGCCAUUCUAAGCUUUAUACGCAGCCGGGAAACAUUCAGUCACGACGUGUUGAACAAAUGGUUAUUUGAAUAAUAUCCAGUGGCCUUUACUGUGCACAAUUCAGAAACCAAUGCUAGUUAUCCAAGUUUUAUUUGCUACGUGGUAUUUUAUUUAAUAUAUUUUUAUAUAUUGCCAACACUGAGGCCAUAAAAAAUUAAUUUCCAUUUUCAGUACAUUCUUGAGCAAUCUGAAGUAUGCCAGUGAAAAGGCAUUUCCUGAUUAUUCCCCUUUUUGCUUCGCAUUUUGUGUUGUUUGAUGUUGUACAGGCAACCAUAAGCUGAAGACAUGUAUAUAUUGUUUCAUACAAAUGAUGCAUUGUUUUUGUAAUAAUGUAUAUAUUCUUGUUUCAAUGCCAUAAAGAAUGUUCUGCAGAAAUAAAGCACUUUUAACUGUU